GCGCGUUCGCCAGCGCAGCGACUCUUCCACUUCGAGAAACCGCGGGCGGGCGCGACGACGUUAAGCGCAGCCGUCGACGCCGCCGAGCGCCUCGCUUGUUUGCCGGUUACUGGCUCCUCCGCGAAGGAAUGCGAUAUUUCGGGAAGUCGGGCCGAAGCCCGACGGGGAAGCUGCUGCCCUGAGUCAAAACAGGCGCACACCGUGCUGUCGACAUGCCCGGCCUUCGGCGGGCCCACAACCAAGUACCACCGCUGAUCCGCGGAGAAGCGCAUUUGCGGCAACACCACGGAGUCGAGGCGCGCGAAGCGCCUCAAGACAAGCGUCCCCGGAGUUGUUCGAGUUCGCCGCCGCGAGUUGAGUGACUGAGUGCGACGACGCCUUUGGUCGAGCGCAGGAACGACGCUCGCGCUGCGGCGGUCUGCGCGAACCGCUGUUGCCGUUGGAACGAGGAACCACUGCCAAGAAAGAAGCGACGUCACUACGACGCGCGCUGAAGAAAAGCGCACGCGUGCGAGACGCGCGCGACUGCUAAGACGACGUUUAGCGGCGGCGACCUUGUCAGGCUUAACCAACCUGUCCCGUCGGAGAAGAGGACCUCAUUCCUCCUCGGACUACCUACGCUGACUUUUUGUUUCCUUCUUCUUUGCCUGUUAUUUCUUCCCUCGGCCGUCGGAGAAUUCGUGGUGGGACGAGUUGCGCAGAAAGAAGCGGCGACGGAAACGUGCAAAUGACGAGGCUCCGGAUGAAUCGCUAACCUCGGAGGGUCCCGGUUCGCCAUGGGCACGUCGGCGCCGGCGCGAACGAGUGCCGACAUCUCCCCCAGCGAAGGCGACCGCGACAGCAAACUUGGAGAACUGUCGUCGCCCAGCGAAGAGGACGCCGCCGCUGGUCUCGAAAAUGAUAUGCGACGUGGCGAGAACCGUCCCAGGAGUGCAAGCCUGCUGUCCAGGCUUAGCCAGUACAUAUGGCUCAUGCCACUGAUACACACUCACUUCUGGGUGUCAGCGGCAUUCUCCCUUAUGCAGCCGUACUAUCCUCGCCUCGCGGCAAAAGCUGGUCUCGAGGCAUGGAAGUACGGCUUCGUGUUUUCAACAUUCAAGCUAACAAUGCUUCUUGGAUCUAUAUCCACCGAAAGACUUAUGGUUCUUUCGACUCCACUUAAAUGCUACCUCUGUGGCCAAGUUGGCUUCUUCCUGUACAAUGUCAUGUUUGGGUCCCUUUACUGGUCACCGGGAGGAACCGUUUUCCUUGCACUCUCCUUGGUGGCAGUCAUCUUCGGUGGCUUCGUGCAGACAGUGUACCUAGUCUCAGCGUACUCAGUAGUCACCUCUGAGUUGCACCAGAGCAGCGGCGUCAUCAUCGCCAUCAUGGAAUUCAUGUUCGGAUGCGGGAACAUGGCUGGUUCCGUACUCGGAGGAGCCCUAAUCGACUUGUGGGAAUACCCUCUGCCAUUUUUUGUCCUGGGCACCAUAAUCAUCCUGUCGAUUCCUUGGAUUAUCAAGCACAAGAAGGUCCCGAACAAACAACCCGAAGCUCCACCUGAGGGGGCCCUGAUGCCUGCCCAAGGUUCGGAGAAAAAGCUGUAUCGGCUGCUUUGGGACCCACUUUUCAUGGUCAACAUGGUAACACUGAUGCUCUCCUGGGUCAUCAUGGGUUUUAACGAACCCACCCUGGAACCGUACUUGAGACAGUUCAACCUCAGCAGCACGCGACUUGGAGUACUGUACAUGGUACAGUUUGCAAGUUACACCGUGGGCGCGGCAUUCGCGGGACUGUUUUGUUACGUCAAGAUGGCAGCAUUUUUUGCUUUUGCUGGGCAACUGAUGACGGCUUUCGCCUACCUUAUACUUGGCCCAGCACCGUUUGUCCAACAAGACCCGCAGCUCUGGAUGGUCUACGUCUCUCAGACGUUCACGGGUGUUGGAAUGGCUGCCCAAUUCAUCUGCAGCUUCUCGUUAGCUCUCAGCCAUACAGCUAAGCGAGGCUACCCAGACGACAUACGGACUACUGGAUUCGUGUCAACUGUUGUAGUGACCUUCUUGGUUAUUGGUGCCAUUACGACACCCCCGAUAGCAGGGUAUCUCGUAGAAAAGUUCAGCUACAGACCGGGAUCUAUGUUCCUCUUCGGCAUCCUCUUAUUCUGGACCCCCAUAACCCUUCUCCACUGGGUUUAUUUGAUGUACAUUCAACGGACAAGGAGUGCCGGUGUAGCACUGCAGGAUCGAUCCAUUUCUUCUCGAAAGUCAUGAAUGUGCCAGCAGUUGUCAUUUUGUGCCAGUAAUAAAUAUAUAUUCGUUUUUUGUA